AUGGCGCCGAAGAAGAAGGGAGGCAAGAAGCAGGCGGACGAUUGGGAUGCCGACAUGGGUGAGACCAUCGAUCCCAUCGCCCAAGCCACUGCGGAUGCCAAAAAGGCAGAAGCGACUGAGGAUGCCGCUGAGGAGGAAGUCAACGCAGGCGGCUUGAUGGCUGCACUCAGAAAAAACAGAGACAAACGUGCAAAGAAGGGCAAACCCGUCAACGACUUUGUUGAAGGCGAAGACGCCGAUGGUGCUGCUCCCACCCCGCCUGCCGAAGACUUCGCUGCUAAGGCUCCAGCCGAAGCCACGCUCGACGACGAGGAUGAUGUUUUCGCUGGAAAUGCGAAGAAGACCAAAGGUAACAAGAAGCAAGCCGAUGAUGGAGACGAUGGCGAGGGAGGAGGCGUCAAGUCAAAGAAAGAAAAGGAGCGAGAGAAGAAAGAGCGAGAGAAGCAGCGCAAGAAGGAACAAGCCGCCAAAAAGAAGACCACGGCACCGACCCCUGCGCCGAAGGCUGAGGAAGUGAAGCCUGUGGAAGAAAAGAAGCCCGAAGUUGCAGCAGAGACAGAUAAGGCUGGUAAAAAGAAAAAGGUUCCUGCCCACCUGGCAGCCAUUCAAAAGCAGCAGGAAGCUCUUGCACGACAGAGAGAAGAGGAAGCCAGACUCGAGGCUGAAGAGAAAGCUUUGGAAGCGGAACGACUACGAAAAGAAGCUGAGGAGGAGGCCAAGAAAGCCGAAGCUAGACAGCGAAAGAAGGAGAAGGAGAAGGAGAAGAAGGAGCAACUCCGAAAGGAAGGCAAGUUGCUAUCUGAGGCAGACAAGAAGCGCAAACAGCAGCAAGAACUCCGCUUGCAACAGAUGCUAGAAGCGGGGGUCAAAGUCGCGGGUCUGAGUGAAACAACGGAAGAGAAAAAGAAGCCUGCCUUUGACAAGAAGCGCAAAGGGCCAAAGAAAGAGGAAGUUGACCUGGAGGCUGCCGCAGAGAAAGCCAGACAAGAAGCUGAAGCUGCAGCAGCUGAACGCGAGAGACUUGCAAAGGAGGCCGAAGCGGCCGCCGCCGCUGCCGAAGCUGCAAACGCGGGAAAUGAUGAAGAGUCUGAGCUUGACGACUGGGAAAAGGCCGCGGAUGAAGACGUCAAGGACAGCUGGGAUGCUGAUUCAGAUGAGGAACCGGCCAAGCCGACAGUCAACGGUAAUGCGAAAGCUGCAAUUAAUGGUGCAGCCACUAAACCAUCAAAAAGUUCAACAUUGCCACUGCGAGAUGGACCCCCGCCUAAAGAGAGACCAAUUGAGUCAGACACGUCCGAUGAGGACUCCUCGGAUGACGAAGAACAGACUUCCAAUCAGCGAGCGAUUGCUCAAAGAAAAGCAGAGGCUGCUGCUCGUCGGCAAAAAGCACAUGAAGAAGCGCUUGCAGCGCGGUCCAAAGACAACCUGCGAUCACCUAUCUGCUGUAUUCUCGGUCACGUCGAUACUGGCAAGACGAAGUUGCUUGAUAAGAUUCGACAGACAAACGUCCAGGAGGGCGAAGCUGGUGGCAUUACGCAACAGAUUGGCGCUACUUAUUUCCCUGUUGAAGCCCUACAACAGAAAACGGCUGUCGUCAACAAGGACGGCAAGUUUGAAUUCAAAGUGCCGGGUCUUCUUGUCAUCGAUACCCCUGGUCACGAGUCUUUCUCCAAUCUGCGUUCUCGUGGUUCUUCACUUUGCAACAUUGCCAUCCUAGUGGUCGAUAUUAUGCACGGUCUCGAGCCUCAGACCAUUGAAUCCAUGAACCUUCUCAGAGAACGCAAGAUCCCGUUCAUUGUCGCGCUCAACAAGAUUGAUCGUUUGUACGGUUGGAAGAAGAUCGAUAACAAUGGUUUCCAGGAAAGCUUGGCGAUGCAGAACAAGGGCGUCGUCAACGAAUUUAAGGACCGACUUGACAAGACCAAGCUUGCCUUUGCUGAGCAAGGAUUCAAUGCUGAGCUCUACUACGAAAACAAAGACAUGAGAAGAUUUGUGUCGCUGGUUCCCACCUCGGCGCAUACCGGCGAAGGUAUCCCUGAUAUGCUGAAGCUUUUGGUUACUCUGACCCAAGAACGUAUGACUUCCAGUCUUAUGUAUCUAUCUGAAGUUGAGGCCACCAUUCUUGAAGUUAAGGUUAUUGAAGGUCUUGGUACGACGAUCGAUGUCAUCUUAUCAAACGGUGUUCUUCGGGAAGGUGAUCGAAUAGUCUUGUGUGGUAUCAACGGACCUAUCGCCACGAACAUUCGAGCGCUAUUAACGCCUGCUCCACUUAAAGAACUCCGUCUCAAGUCAGCAUAUGUGCACAACAAGGAAGUCAAGGCUGCCCUCGGUGUCAAGAUUGCGGCCAAUGACCUGGAAGGCGCAAUUGCUGGCUCACGUCUGCUUGUGGUCGGACCUCAAGACGACGAAGAAGACUUGGAGGAUGAUGUGAUGGGUGAUCUCCAGAAACUUCUUACCGCUGUAUCCAAGGACAAUCGUGGUGUCAGCGUCCAGGCUUCAACACUGGGUUCCCUGGAAGCCUUGUUAAAGUUCUUGAAAGACAUGAAGAUCCCUGUGGCAAACAUUUCCAUCGGACCUGUUUUCAAACGCGAUGUGAUGAUGGCAGGCACGAUGCUGGAAAAGGCCAAGGAAUUCGCGGUCAUGCUCUGCUUCGAUGUUAAAGUAGACAAGGAAGCCCAACAGUACGCAGACGAGAACGGCAUCAAGAUUUUCACCGCCGACAUCAUCUACCACCUCUUUGAUGACUUCACCAAAUAUCGGAACCAGCUUGCCGAACAGCGCAAGGAGGAGAGCAAGCUCAACGCUGUAUUCCCAUGCGUUCUCCAUCCAUUGCAGGUGUUCAACAAGAAAGACCCUAUUGUUGUGGGUGUCGAUGUUGUAGACGGCAGUCUCCGACCUCUGACGCCAAUCGCUGCCGUCAGAACGAACCCUGUGACUCACGUGAAGGAAAUUGUCUCUUUGGGUAGGGUGACUACGAUUGAGCGAGAACACAAGGCGAUCCCGAUUUGCAAAAAGGGCCAGCCAGCCGUUGCGGUCAAGAUCGAAGGGCCCAACCAGCCCCUAUAUGGUCGACAACUGGACGAGAAGGACACCUUGUACUCGUUGAUCUCUCGACAGUCAAUUGACACUCUCAAGGAGUUCUAUCGAGACGAAGUAACCAAGGAAGAAUGGUCGUUGAUCAGGAAGAUGAAACCGCUAUUUGACAUCCCUUAG